AUGGAUAUUGAAGAUGCAAUUACAAGGAUAAAAGAGUUGAUUUUAUUCUUUGAAGAGCUUAGAGAAGAUGGUUUUGAAGACUUGAUGAAGGAAGCCAAAGAACUUGCUCAUGAUGUUGGUUUUGAACCGGUUUUUGCAAAAAAAAGAGUUGUUCAAAGAAAGAAGCAAUUUGAUGAGGAUGUCGUAGAUGAUGCCCAUGGAAGUCAAUCUCCGGAAGAGCGUUUUAGAACUUCUUAUUUCCUCCUCAUCAUAGAUCAAGCUCUUGCAUCACUUAAUGACCGGUUUAAGCAAUUUGAACUUUAUGACUCAAUCUUUGGAUUUUUGUUUAACGCAAAAUUCAAGAGUGUUAGUGAAGACCAAUUGAUGGAGCAUUGUACUAAACUAGAAAGUUUCUUGGAAUACAAACAACGUGGUGAUAUUUAUGGGAAGGAGUUAUUCCAAGAGCUUAGACAUUUGAAAAUAAUAUUGCCGAGAGAAGUAACAAAAUCGAUCGACAUCCUUGAUUUUAUAAAGUCUUAUUGGAAAGAUGGCGGUUUCCAAAUGGUUUGGGUUGCUUAUCGAAUUUUGUUGACUAUUCCGGUCACAGUUGCUUCUGCGGAGAGGAGCUUUUCAAAGUUGAAGUUGAUAAAAACAUAUCUUCGGACUACCAUGGCACAAGAGAGAUUAAGUGGAUUAGCUAUGAUCUCAAUUGAAAAUGAGUACUUGGAUAAAUUAGACUAA